UGAGAGGCGCCCCCCUUCCUGCUUCUCCCUUUUGCAGCCUAGGUGCGACUGCGCAGCAAAAGCCGCGAGCGAGCCGGACUAGCUAGCUAGCACAGCACAGCGCUGCGCUAGGGGGAGUGUUGAGUGCACUUGUCGCUCUCUCUCCCGCGGAUAGCAGCGGCGGCGCUUGGGCCAGUCCAUUCCCCGCUUCGUUCCUGGAGAAGCAAGCAGCCGCCUCCUCGCCGCGUGUCGCCCGACGCCCGCCUGCCUUGCGGGCUUUGGAGGAAAGCGCGCUGGUCCGCGGGGAGGAGGAGAUGCUGCCGCCGCCGUUCCCGUUGCUGCUGCUGAGCGUGUGAGGCUGGGCGGAGCGGGGCUGGCGCUUGCGGCACACGAGGCGAGUCCGAAGGGGGCUCUUCUUCGCGAGGAUGCCCGGAGCGGCGGUAACGGUGCCGGCGGCCGCCUCUGCCGGGGGCGCGGUGGCAAGCGCGGGGGUGGCGACGGCCGGGCCAGGGGGGAUGCUCCCGGCGCAGGAGGCGGCCAAGCUGUAUCACACCAACUACGUGCGGAACUCUCGGGCCAUCGGCGUGCUCUGGGCCAUCUUCACCAUCUGCUUUGCCAUCGUCAACGUGGUGUGCUUUUUCCAGCCGUACUGGAUCGGCGACGGCGUGGACACCCCGCAGGCGGGUUACUUCGGGCUCUUCCACUUCUGCACGGGCAGCGGCUUUUCCCGGGAUCUCAACUGCCAGGGCAGCUUCACGGACUUCUCCAGCCUCUCCUCGGGAGCCUUCAAAGCCGCCUCCUUCUUCAUCGGGCUCUCCAUGGUGCUCAUCAUCGCCUGCAUCGCCUGCUUCAUCCUCUUCUUCUUCUGCAACACCGCCACCGUCUACAAGAUCUGUGCCUGGAUGCAGCUGACCUCCGCUGCCUGCCUUGUCCUGGGCUGUAUGAUUUAUCCUGAUGGCUGGGAUGCAAAAGAGGUGAAACGGAUGUGUGGCGAAAAGACAGACAAGUACACUCUGGGGGCUUGUUCAAUCCGCUGGGCAUAUAUCUUGGCCAUUAUUGGGAUCCUAGAUGCCCUGAUCCUCUCAUUCCUGGCAUUUGUACUUGGCAAUAGACAAGACAGCUUGCUAGCAGAGGAACUCAAGCUGGAAAACAAAGACGAUGGAAAUGCUUAAAACAAGCAAAGGUAGAGGGAAACUGACUAAUUUCUGCUAAGCCAAUCCUCACUAGAAUGAGCACAAAACAAAACCGAGUAACAGCUUUUGUACAUCAACAUUAAACGAGAAGAAGCUUGGAAGGAAGCCUGUGAUGAAGAAUGUUGAUGAGUGUAAAAAUGUCUGAUUGCCGAGAACUGCCUUCUAAACAUAGACCAGCCAGACAUGCAAGAGGUCCUCUAGAGAGAGAUUCAAUCAUGGAUUUACCCACCAGCUCAUUAAAAACUGUCACUGAAUGUAGCAUUCAGGAGGCAUGCAUGAAAAGUCACAUAAGAGAAAUAAACUUAAAAGGGGUGUAGUUGUCGCUAGAUAAACAUAUUAAUGUACAUGCAUUAAGGAGGUUUGUAAACUUUUUUUUAAUUAUUUGACUGAAAAGCAGAGUGCUUAAGAUAAAACAUUUCAUAGAGCAGAGGAAGCUAACUCAGAGAAUUCUUAUUCCAGUAGCCAGGAAGCUGAUAGGACAUUGCCUUCAAUUCAGCAUCUUUACAAACAAGACUGGCUUAUUUUUGUGACAGAAGAAAUGGUGUAUCUUUGAGCCCACCAUUUCUGCAUCUAAUUUGUUCUUCAUGGUACAACUAGUUAGUCAGAAACACAACUCUUCUUGGUUUCCCUUGCUUUCAUGUCCUGUUUACUCUGUCUAUAGCAAAGGUACAUCUCAACAGCUGCUGUUUUUGACUAGAUUUCUCAUUCUACAAAGGUGCAUGGGCUGCAAGAUGGCGGCUCCCAAACUGGUACACAAAAUCUCACUGACGAGGAGGGAAAUACUUAAGAAAAACUGUGUGUAAUUGUGCCUAUCCUGUCCCUUUCCACAGUGUAUAGGAACCCAAAAUCUUCCUCAUGAAGCACUUCACUGUGCCUCAUAUUUGAGUCGGCCCUGAUUGGGAUGGGAUCAGGUUGUCGAUGUCCAAAUUUGAAGAGCUGGGGGAAUGUACUUGAUAUAACAUUUUGCAAAGUCUACACAACCUAAAACAUUUGGGAGCCACUGUUGUAAGAGCUACCAUUUUGGAAACUAUAACACUGUAAGUUCAUAAACAAUUGGGGGGGGUGCAUUUGAAAUGUAAUAAUAUAGAGCUGCUAUGAAGCAUAAGAUUCUUGUCAUAUGAAUAGUAAAUGAGGGUUCUUUACAAAUAGCAAUGAGGAAACUCCUGGCUAGAUUCUGGGGUCUAAUUAGGGGCAUAGCUAGGGAAGAAAGGGCCCAUGUUUGCCCCUCUCUCCGGCGGCCGCUCAGAGUGAGAAAGAUAAUGAAGAAAAUAGGGAGGGAGGGAUCUGGGAGGCCCUCAGGAGCUGGGGGACCCGGGUUCUUUGAACCCAUCCACUCAAUUAUAGCUACACCCCUGGGUCCAAUAGUUACUCCAAGCAGAACAAAGUAGAGAGCAAUUAGAGCUAACUCUGGACUGCUACAUAUUCUGUUGUCUCACGUGAGGCCAAAAGUAUAUACCUAAACUUAUUCUGACUUUGUCGCAACCUUUACUGUUCUUAAGGUUUCAAAUUGUACCAGUUCAUUCUUGAAAUCAGUUUGAAUGGGAAGACCAGAUAAGAGGUGUGAGAAGUAAUUCUGGAGAAAAUGAAUUUUGUAGUAGGUGGCUUUUAUGCUCAGUGAUGUAGAAUUAGCUUCAGCAGAUGCUAAAGCUCUCAUCUGUUUACUCCUCUGCUGCAUUAAGAAAACUUGGCUUAAAUGAUAAAUUACAGCUACAAGUAAAGUCCCUAAUAAUAACAACGCAGUGCACCAUACUUAUGCCACACAAUGUGUACUAAUUACUUAUACCAGAUAGAAACUGGUAACUGCUUACCACAGAUGGUAUUCAAUGCUUCUUAUUCUGUCCAACUUUUGUAUAUCACUGCAUCUAGCAUAAGAGAAGUUCUCUGUAAUAGGAAAGGAUUUUCUGCUAAACUAGGUUUUACAUUGUUACAUGUUUAAAGAUAUAUAUAUAUAUAUGUAUAAAGCAGUUUGUGUUUUAAAAUA